GGCAGGGUUCAGAGACGAAAGAAAUCAAACCGGCGUUGACCAAGAACGAACGAGAGAGAGAUAUAGAGAGACAGAGAGAGAGUGCAGGCCGUUGGAUCUGGAAUUGGAUUAUAAAUGAUGAUCGUUUUCUUUGCAACUCUGGACGGGCUAUAGAAUCGAUGAGUUAGGGUUUUCUUCUCGUCAAGAUUUUAAAUGUCUCCUUGAAUCCUCUUAACCACACAUCACUUGGAGCUUCUAAUCUCCAUCUCGGAGAUGUUCAUUUGCCAAUAAUGGCUUGUCAAGAUCGUCUCCGUCUUUAGUAUCCAGAUAGUGAUAAAUUACUUUGGAACAUGUGAUCUGACAGACUGGACAAGAUCGAUUUUGUAUUUUCUAAGAAGCACAAACUAGAAUCAUAUGAAUUGGAGGAACUCUGUUUUUUUGGAUUUGAUCUCGAAAUUAGGCGCUUUGGUUGAAUCUUUAGAAUAGAGGAUUAGAUUUCUCAUUGGUUCAUUAAUUUUCAUCUGGGAAUGGAGAAUCUUCCCAUUGAAGUCAUAGGCAACAUACUGUCCCGGCUUAAAGCCGCUCGUGAUGUAGUGAUUGCAUCCUUAACUUGCAAGAAGUGGAGAGAGGCUUCGCGUAGGCACCUUCACAAUCUUUCCUUCAAUUCCAGUGAGUGGCAUGUUUAUCACGAUCUUACUACUAGUAGGUUGGAGAUUAUUAUAACUCAGACAAUAUUCCAAACCAUGGGGCUGCAGUCUUUGACGAUUUUUAUGGAUGAUGCUGAGGAGUUUGCAGCAGCCCCCGUGAUUGCUUGGCUCAUGUAUACACGGGAGACGCUGCGCCAACUGCAUUACAAUGUGAGGACAGUUCCAAAUGUUAACAUUAUUGAGAAAUGUGGUAGACAAAGGUUGGAAGUUUUGGCACUGGCUCACAACUCCAUAACUGGUGUUGAACCUAGUUAUCAGAAAUUUCCUAGCUUGAAGUCUCUUUCACUCAGUUAUGUCAGUAUCUCAGCGUUGGAUUUGAGCCUUUUGUUGACUGCCUGCCCUAAGCUUGAAGUUUUGGCUCUUACUAAUCCUGAGAUUGCCAUGUCGGAUGCACAAACCACAUUGGAACUGAGUAGUGUUUCAUUGAAGGAUGUUUACUUUGAAGCUAUUAGUUUUGACAAGUUCAUAUUGGAGGCUGAUUGUCUUGAGAAUUUGCACUUGAAAGACUGUACACUUGAGAUUUUUGAGCUUGUUAGUAAGGGGACGUUAAAGGUUCUAAAGAUUGAUGAUGUUAGUGUCAUCCAUCUUGAUCUUGGUGAGAACACUGAGAAUCUCGAGGUUGUGGAUGUUUGCAGCUUCACAGUCAUGUGGCCAAAGUUCUACCACAUGAUCUCGAAAUCAUCAAAGUUAAGGAGGCUUCGGCUUUGGGGUGUUGUCUUUGAUGACGAGGAUGAAGUCGUGGAUAUGGAAACAAUCUCGGUUUGUUUCCCUCGGUUGACCCACCUUUCAUUAAGCUAUGAUCUAAAAGAUGUCGUACUUCAUUGUGGCUUGCAGGGGUCAUCUCAUUUGGAGAAUGUGGUUGUUUUAGAACUUGGAUGGACUGUAAUUAAUGAUAUCUUUUCAGAAUGGGUGGCAGGAUUUCUUGAAAGAUGCCCAAAUUUGAAGAAGUUGGUCAUUUAUGGAGUUGUUUCGGAGGCCAAAACUCAUGAAGAAUGCCAAAUCUUGGCCGAUUUCACUUCUUACAUUGUUCGGCUUAUGAGAAAGUACAUGCAUGUUGAGAUUAGCUUUGAAUACGAAUAGAGUUUCUGCACACCAUUUUUGCCUGCCCAGGCUUCGUUGAGCAGUGGGGUAAAAUGGUUCAUCGAUGAGGAUUGUUGGUUCAGUGAUUAAGUUUUAUAGAUGUGAAAAGGAUGUCUUUUCUACUUUCCAUUGUUGGGUCAUUUUUUCUAACCAAUUGUAAAUCGAAAAGUAUUUUUGAAAGUGUAAUGCUGGUUUCAGCUUUCUUUUAGUCUCUGUCUUGGACUCUGUUUCCAGCUACUCUUAUUCA